CCGCUCUCCUGCGCUGUGCAGACCUAUUCCUGGGGGAAGGUGGGGUUGGAGAGCGAGGUGGCCAAGCUGGUGGCCAGCGGAGACCCCCAGGUCCAGAUCCAGCCCGACCGGCCCUAUGCAGAGCUCUGGAUGGGCACCCACCCCCGGGGCGACGCCGUUAUCCGCGAUAACCGCAUCCCCCAGAAGACCCUGGGCCAGUGGAUCGCCGACAACCCCGCCUGCCUGGGUGCCAAGGUGAAGGACAACUUCCAGGGCCACCUGCCCUUCCUCUUCAAGGUGCUCUCCGUCAACACCGCCCUCUCCAUCCAGGCACACCCCAACAAGGAGCUGGCAGCCAAGCUGCACGCCCAGUUCCCCGAGCACUACCCCGACGCCAACCACAAGCCCGAGCUGGCCAUCGCUCUCACCCCCUUCGAGGGGCUGUGCGGCUUCCGGCCCGUGCGGGAGAUCGUCGCCUUCCUGCAGGACUGCGUGGAGUGCAUGGCCUGUUCGGAUAACACGGUGCGUGCCGGGCUCACCCCCAAGUUCAUCGAUGUCCUCACCCUGUGUGAGAUGCUCAACUACACACCAGCACCCAGCAGCUCCAAGAUCUUCCCAGCCACCCAGAGCCAGCUCGACCCCAGUGUCUACCUCUAUGACCCACCCGUGCCAGACUUCACCGUCAUGAGGAUAGAGAUCCCCUCCUCCAUCAAGCUGUACCUGGUCUCUGCAGUGGAGUCUGCCAGCAUCUUGCUGGUGAUCAGGGGAACAGCCGUGGGCACGUCCACGGCCGCUGCCUCCGAGAUGACCCUGUGCCGUGGCUCCGUGCUCUUCAUCUCUGCCAACGAGAGCAUCUCCCUCCACCUCUCCUCUCCCGAUGGGAUGCUGCUCCUCCGAGCCUGCUGCCUCCUCUGA